GAAUUUUCGAAAUAUAGAAAUGAGCUCAUUAGAUAAUCUUAGGGAGGAAAUUCAUGAUGUAUUUAAAAUUUUUGAUGAAGAGGAGUCUGGCAGCAUCUCCAUGCGUGAACUUUCUCGUGCAAUGUAUACCAUCACUGGUGAGCGUAUUUCUCGUAUGGAGAUGCUCAAACUACUGUCUCAUGCUCGGGAAACUGUCAGCGAGAAUCACAGACGGCAGGAACAGAUGCAACAAAAACUUCAAAUGGCAUCUUCGGGUUUGGAACCUGACCAAGGUGCCAAUAAAAGCAAGGAAGGUUGUGAUACGCACUCCGAUAUGAAUACUGAAACCGAACAUAUGACCUCUCCCACCGGCACGCACAAACCUUCGCUGACGGAAGCUGGAAAGACUGAAUACGAUAACUCCCAAACCCAGUAUCUUUCCUCUCGUUCGCAAAGACACAUCAACAGUGAUGGAGUGGACAUUGAAGUCUUUGAGCAGGUAGUAAUGCGCAAACUUAACUCCCGUAGCCAACAAGAGGAGCUUUUGUUUGCGUUUGAGUUGCUAGAAGAUAAAGUUUAUCCGGGUUAUAUAACGAAGGAGAGUUUGAAGCGGGCGGCCGCAGAGUCUGGCGAACCGCUGACCGACGCAGAGGUAACAGAAAUGUUUGAUGUCGCUGUAACAGGGGUUCCCACCCCCGCGGUCGAUUUCAACACCUUUUCCAUUAUUCAAUCCGCUGCUCGAAAAAUUGAUAUCGAUGAAUGAUGUAAAAUGCAGUAGAAUUGCUUUAUUUUAAAUAUCUUUAUUGCUUAUAGUUUGUCUUGAUGUUUAUAUGUGGAAUUUCUCCAGAUCGUUUUAAAAGUCCUUCUCCUUCCUUUUGGCUAUGCCUAAAUCUUGUGAAAUUGUGUCAUCUCGUGAUGAUGGUGGUGGGAUCAUUAUUGACUGGCUUGUGACAUAUUGCAAGUGAUGGUUUCGAUUUCGGAAGUUCCUGAUUUGCUCCCGUAUAACCCGUCUUCAUAUUAA